CUCCCGCGUGUGUGCCACCAGUCGGCCGGGGUUUACCUGGCGUUACCUGCCAGCCUGUAGCCUCAGUUCACUCACGUCACUUCGAGCAACCGGUUCGGAGUCCUCUCGGCCUCCGCGCACUCGCAUUCGACUUUACGCAAAAGCCUUUCCUCCUCGUACCUCUACCGCCUUUCAUUGCGUACACAUACGCGCACAACUCUUCCUCCUCUCGUCCUCGAUUCGUCUUCUUCUUCGUUCAUCGUCUCUUCUCUUCUUUUCUCUUCCGCGCGCGUAUCUCUCCGCCGUGUCGUUUGUGCCUGUCGGAUAUUAGUGCGCGAGCUGUAUCACGUACGGAAGAAGCGAAUCCACCGCGUCAAUUAUCACCACCGCCGAGAUCGCGUUGUAUUUGGCGCCAACUACGAGAGACUCUGAUGUGAACGACGACGAUGGCCCGGGCAAGAGUGAAAUUUUCACCAGCUUCUCGUAGCAGCACGCACUUGCGAAACGAGAGAAAAUGAUCGAUCUGAAGAGGAUUGUAGGGAAGAGGACGGUUAGCGAUACCGAUCAGCAUCAGCGCUUCUGCGUGGUACCCGCGGAAAAUUGUCGUGGCAGCGGGAAGUGGCUAAGUCGGCGCGGAACCGGAAGUCGCCGUGGGACCGUUCGCGGAGUCGAGUCGCCGCUGAAAACACCGAGUGAGACCUUCGUGCUCCCUGGGAACCUGCCGAUUAGCCACACGCGCGCGUGUACACUUUUCGCCCUGUGUCUCGUGUGUUCGGGCAAUCAUCGCGGCGCACGCACACGCGGAAAACGUUACGCGCGCGAGUCAUGAGAGGUGCAGGCACUUGCACGCGGGGAGACAUAAAACGGCGCGGAUAAAUCCCGCGGCUUUUCACACGGCUGCGCCGCGGAAAGUCUCUCUUUGGUCGUGAGAGCAUAAAGAUUAUCGCGCCAUUCGGCAAAUCCGUUGAAAGCCGGUGUCGCAUCCCGGGUGAAAAAGAAAAGAAACUUAGAAACGGAGAUUAGGGGAAGGUCAAAUCGUUGUUGCCACGUCACACGGACUCGAGUGGAAACGGUUAAUAAAGGACUUGUUUGAGUAGCGUUACAAGGUAGGUCGAUGACUCAUGCUGAUCAUUGUUACGCUGUGAUAAACAUCAGCCUCGCGACUAUUAAGAAAAAAGCAUGCUUCGCCUCCAGUUUCCUCUUGGGAAAAUAUAUUUUAGAAAAACCUUCGAAUUUUACUUUAGAAAAAUAAGAGCUAUGGAAAGUAAACGGACACUUUAAACCUUAUUUAAGGUAAACUUAAAAAUUACUUUACGAAUUUAAUAGAAA